UCAAGCACGGCAACUUCCGCGCUAUUGCGUAGUAUGGCUCUGCCAGCACCUUCGCCUAUUCAUCUGCUACGCUCACAUUCCAGCGCAGACAAGCUAUCGUCACCUCCACUCGCAUCAUGGAAAGCUCACACCGACUCACUGCUGGGCAUUGAAGAAUGGGGUUCUCAAAUUAUAACACAUGGGAGGGAUAAUAAACUCCACGUUUGGACGCGACCCGAAGAGUCUACUUCCAUCAGACAAGGACCUGCAAUUUUGUCAGAUCUAUUGACACCAACGAUAUGUCACUCUAUGGAUGUCAACGCUCUCAACUACUGCAGGUUCUCUCUACUAAACCUAGCGGGAACGAGCGCGCAGGAAGGUCUACUUGCCGUCCCGAACCUCGUAGAAUCAGCUCUUGUAGGUAAUCUCUUUGGUGUGGGGUACGGCGUGAUCUCAGUACGAACUGACCAGGCAGAUAUCUGGUCACUUCCAUUGUGUCAAAGGCUUCACGCUGCUAUAGGUGAUCCACUAGACACCUCCGCAACAGCCUUCUCGGAUGGCAGGUCAGGCAGAAAAUCCGGCAUCAUCAUGUCAAUGCACCUUUUUUACUCUGCGUUGUCUGCACCCUCGUCCUCUACGUCGACAAGAGAGCUGCGUCUGUUAUGCGCAUACGAAGAUGGGAACGUUGUCCUGCGAAAGCGGACUGCACCCGAAAACAAACAGACUGUCGAGGGCCGUGGAUGGGAAGUCGUGUGGAAAUCCAAACUUCAUGUAGAAUCAGUGAUGGCUAUGGCGGUUUCUUCAGACUGCACUGUUGCUUUAACAGUGUCUGCAGACCAUUUGGUGGGACGAUAUGAUCUUUUGGAAGUGACCUCAGAAUCCACUCCUGCAGGAACCGCAUUCAAGACCAAACAUCCAGGAAAUGGCGCUAUUGCCAUACGGAGUGACGGGAGAGUAUGCGCCAUUGGGGGAUGGGACGGCAAAGUGCGAUUAUACUCGACAAAGACAUUAAAGUUGAUCGGAACACUUGUGCGCCACAAGCAAGGAUGCCAGGCGGUUACGUUCGCCUCUCACAUUGAUCGUGUACCACUUUGUGGAGAUUUGAAGGAGGAUGACUCCUCUAGCGACGAUGAUGAAAUUACUAUUGAGGAAAAGCAUGCCCGUGGUCGGUGGCUGAUUGCUGGUAGUACAGACGCGAAGGUGUCGAUUUGGGCGUUGAUGAGCUUCGAGAAGACAAGCACAUGAGUUAAACCGAUGCCCAUGGUAAGAGGAGGACAGACGGGUCGCAUGAGGAUAUCCGUGUGCUUGAAACGAUUCUUCUUCCUUUCAUCUUGCUGAAGGGCCGCCCUAACUCUUCUUCGGCUAAACGUUCCUGUUCGGCUUGAAGUUGUCUUCGACCACUUAUUGACGCCAUCGUAGACAUAGGUUGUCGUUGGUUGCAACCCAGACUAUCCGAAGAGAAUCGGCUCCCUGGGCCCAUCGGUGACUGUGGCUGAUACGCAAGGUGCGCGAGAGGCGUAAUAACGCUCGCCCGUGAAAUCUGGACAAACUAGUAAACUUGGGUCAGAAUGUCUGCCCAUGAUUGUUCGAAUUCUAAGCGAAAACCCCGAUUUUUGUAUUUUGAUUCAGGCAGAUCAGAAAAUAUUUGAGAGAGCAAGAACAUGGCAAGAGGACGAGCGAUGGAGG